CUAAAAUAAAACAAAACUUGGCUUGAAGUUCAAUUUUAGAAACGUCAUGCUCACUCACUGUCAUUAGCGGUCCAUCCGGUCCAAAAUGCUGAACGACUGUACUGUACACACUUUCUACAAGCUGGGAAUCGUCCUCAGGAUCGGGGAUCUAGAACCAAUGCCCACCACCAUCAAAACGGGAUCACCAGAAUCCUCACGAAAAGCAUAAGAGGAAAAGAGGAAAUGUGAACAAUCAAACAGAGUUUCUUUUUAAGCUCCCGAGGGCACGUUAAGGAGAGGAACAACCAAGAAAAAAAAAAUAAAAAUAAAAAUAAAGUAGAUAUAUAUCGGCAGGUCCUAAAGUACUUGCUAUUCCCCAAGAAAUGAGUAAAACCCUAAAAUCAAUUCCAGCUUGUGUCCAGUCUCAAAUUUUUAUCUCUGUCCAAUCCGUCCUUUUACCAAGCGAUCAUAUCGCUCAGACAUUUGUCUUCCUAAACCAGGAUUGCGCAUCAAAAUACUCUAUCAUCAGGGGGGGCGAAGAUGAAAAAGACUUCAUCCUGACUCAUGGUCCGGGCGGUUUUCCCUGGCGAGUAGAGUGUGAUUUUCCCCAAGGCGGCGUUUGGCAGACUCCAGGCUCUCUCCAAUGCUGCCCGUGCGCAAAUCCGUUUUCCUUCCUCCUCCCCCAAUCACAAUUCCUAUGGCCCAUCUCACGGAAAUAUCUGUCACAAGGGCCGGGCUCUUUUCUUGAGGGCGCUUUAUACUUAGCGGAGAAACACAAAAGCCCUCCCCUUUCCCCCCCUCUCCCCUUAAUCCACAGUCGGCUUGUGUUGACCAUGCUUGAGUGCACGAUUCGCCACUGCGCUGCUCCGCUUAAGGGGCGGAUCCUUUUCCAGGAGGGUUGACAUGGCGUUCGGACUCGAUUAGCGCUUGACGAUGGACACUGUAUUGAAACCACUAAAGUUAGCUUUGGAGAUCCCAAUAUGACGGGAGACGCAGGAGGGAAAGCACGGACCGAUAUCUUCAUCGCCCAACU